CCGGUGAUCAGUGAGGGCUCAGUGAGCGGCGUUACCUCCUCCUCGACCGACCGACCGACCUCCUGCUCCGCUCCCGGGGCCUCUGACACCGGAGGUUUUCUUCCAGCAAAAUCCUCAGCCAUGGCAGAUUCAACUGGAAAUGGGCCCCAACCUGGUAUCCUGCAAUUCAUGAUGACUAACAAACUGGAGGCUGCAAUGUGGCUUUCACGACUUUAUACUGUGUACUGCUCCAUCCUGUUCAUUUUCCCAUUGAUGGGAAUACAUGAGGCUGCCAGUUUUUACCAACGUGCCUUGCUGGCCAAUGCCCUUACCAGUGCACUUCGACUACACCAGCGGUUACCUCACUUUCAGCUGAGUCGAGCCUUUUUAAAUAUGGCUUUGUUGGAGGAUAGCUGUCACUAUCUCUUGUUCUCAUUGAUCUUUGUCAACUCCUACCCAGUUACAAUGAGCAUUUUCCCAGUUUUCCUGUUUUCUUUGCUACAUACCACGGCGUACACAAAAAAGAUUCUUGAUCUACUGGGCCCUGGAAGUUUGGGAUUUUUGAGAUCCAUCUUGGAUAAACUUGCAUCCAAUCAGCAAAACAUUUUGAAGUUCAUUGCUUGCAAUGAAAUUUUUCUGAUGCCAGCCACCGUCUUUAUGCUUUUAAGUGGCCAUGGAAGCUUGUUGCAGCCUUUCAUUUACUACAGAUUUCUCACACUACGAUACUCCUCCCGCAGAAAUCCCUAUUGCAAAACUCUCUUUUUAGAGUUGAAAGUAUUACUGGAGCAUAUGAUUAUGAAGCCUGCCUGCCCCGGAUUUUUGCGGAAUAUGUUUCUUAACUGCAUUUCCUUUGUAUCCCGGUUGGCCCCUGCUCCAUAAAUUGGAAUGAUCUGGAAACAGCGCAUAUUCUUCAAAAUGUGUACCGAGCCACUGGUUCAUGAUCAUUCAGAGUCCAGUUAUAUUCUAAAAGGCACCUCAUCUCUGUAUUUUUAUAAGAAACCUUUCAUAUGAGAUUUGAACUUUUUAGAUUGAAACAAUUCAACUUAAGAAGCUUGCAGAUAAAUUCCUUCACUCAAAUAAUCAACUAAGUUGUUGAGCGAUUGAAAUGUCAGAAGCAGCUAUACAUUUUAAAAUAAGCCUUUGAUUCCAUGAAAUGAUGGCCAAAUACAUAAUUAAUCAAUUAGGCGAGGAGGAAGAAUUACACCAUAAGGUGGCCGUAGUGUGAACUUGGUUGUUCAUAUACUGUACUUUAUGUUGUAUCUUUUUGUAAGCCUUUAUUUUAUAACCUGUGGUUCAAAUAUUGUCUUUCCUGUUGAUUCUUGCAUAGAUUACAUAGUUAUAAAGCUCGCCACACAUGUCGUCUACAGGACCUGGUAAGGUAAUGCAAUGCAGAAUUUGCAUAAUCGUCAGGUAUCUGUUUCCAAUCGAGCCCGAAUCCAUACCAGAAUCCAUUCAGACUAAUCCUGACUAUAAUGCUUCCAGAAGGCAAACAUUACCAAUAUAUGAACACCAACCUAUACUAGUGUCACUGUGGAAUACAUUUUGUAGGGAAAUUAGGUAUUGAGCACCUCCAACCUCUUGUAAAAUAUGAAGUGAAUUGUUUCACAUUAUCUCAUGUGAAAGGGUCCAUUUUGAUUUAUGACUGAAUUUCAAAUCUUAAGUGAUAUAUUAUGUUUAAUGCAUGUAAUUGUUGGUGUUGGUGAUUGCACUGAAAUAAUACUUUAUAGUUGGCAAACUAUUUUGUCUUUCAUGUGAGAACCUGUAUGCGUACAGAUUAUUGAAAAUAAUGAGAAUUGAGCUAAAUUAGCUAGGACAUUUAGAAUUUUUUUGUUGUAAAAUAUCACGUUUAAAGUUUGAUACUUUUCAAACCAAAUAUUUAUGGAACCAUUUUCGUAUGCCUGUGAAUACAAGAAUGACUGUGAUAUGACAGUAAGUUGUUACUGGUUUUCUGAGGUUUGUUCUUUUGACUGUUCAAAAAGAUAUUACAGGAUAUUUUAUUGAUUGAAGUUCCUACACCUAAUGAAGCAGAAAUAUUAAAGGGGCUGUAUUCUUUUCUCAAGUGGAAUAAAGUACUACUAAAACAUGGACCCUA